GCGCGACUGUUUGUUACUUUCAAGUCGCGCGGAUCGACACAGCAUAAAGAACUUUUCCUCUCUCGCGCGAGUCUCGAACGCUCGUCUGAGCGCGGAAAACAGCGACAACAACAAUCAAAAGUAGAUUGAUAAAGUUCGUUUAAACGCGUGAAUAUGCCGCAGCUGAACGGUGGAGGGGGAGAUGAUCUCGGGGCGAAUGAUGAGAUGAUCGCGUUUAAACAUGAAGGAGAUCACGAGGAGAAGAUCCGGGAGAGCGCGUUCACGGAGAGCGACCUGGCUGAUCUCAAAUCAUCCCUGGUCAACGAGUCCGAAAUCAGCCAGAACUCAAACUCUGCCGUGAUCAGAAGAGGACAGCAAGAAGAUCAGAGAAUCUACACCGAUAAACGAGAACAUCUGGACGACGUGCCCAAACAUCAAGAUGGAGGAAUGUAUAAAGCGUCGUAUUCUGGAUACCCGUUCCUGAUGCUGCCCGAGCCGUAUCUCCCGAACGGACCCGUCUCUCCAUCUAGGAAGAAACUCCUACAGGUUUGGAACAACAUGAGGUCCAACAAAGUGUCGGUGGUCCAGCAGGGGAUGCAUCCUCUGACGCCGCUGCUUCCCUACGAUCACUUCAACCCCAGUCCUCCACACAUCCCCACAGACGUCAGCCAGAAACCAGGUGUUCACAGACAUCAGUCGCAGGAAAUCUCCGGUUUCUACCAGCUGCCUCAAGGCCAGAUCACGCCGUCCAUGAACUGGCCCAAUCAGCCUGUCUAUCCUCUGCCCUCCUGCGGCUUCAGACAGUCCUUCUCCUCCAGCCUCCAGAGCAGCUCGUCCUUCCCCAGGUUCUCUCAUUCUCUGAUGCUUCAGCCCGGCAUGCACCCUACAGGCAUCCCACACCCCGCCAUAGUGCCUCCCUCCGGCAAACAGGAGCACGACCAGUUCGACAGGAACAUUUAUGUCAAAUCUCAUCCAGAGGCGAAGCGUGAGAAGGAGCCCAAGAAGCCGGUGAUCAAGAAGCCGCUGAAUGCGUUCAUGCUCUACAUGAAGGAGAUGCGGGCCAAAGUCAUCGCUGAGUGCACGCUGAAGGAGAGCGCCGCCAUCAACCAGAUCCUGGGACGACGGUGGCAUGCUCUGACCCGCGAGGAACAGGCCAAGUACUAUGAACUGGCCCGAAAGGAGCGGCAGCUUCACAUGCAGCUUUAUCCCAGCUGGUCAGCCCGCGACAACUACGGCAAAAAGAAGCGAAGGAAACGAGACAAGCAGGACUCCAGCACAGACCCCGGCUCGCCAAAGAAAUGCCGUGCUCGCUUUGGCCUCAACCAACAAACGGACUGGUGUGGUCCCUGCAGAUAACUCUCUUGACUGUUCCUAGGAGGAAAAAGAAGUGCAUUCGCUACCUUCAAAGAGGACGCUGUGCCAGCCCCCAUUCUUCCGAUGGAAGUGCUAUAGACUCCCCCCUGUCACCUGUCAAUCACCUGCCAAACCCCGCCUCUCCCCCACGAUACCCCGCCUCCCCCACCAGCAGUCCCCUCCCCCAGAGCAGCAAAAGCUCCGCCCACCCUCCCAGACUCUCGCUCCACUUCAGCAGAAUUAAAACAGAGAGCCACAAUAACCCAGACUGACGGCUCGAUGGCCACGGAGACCGAUCUCACGGACACACCUUCUUCAAGUUCUCUUCGCUUCCGUGUCCUCCAGAAAAAGAAAAAAAAAAGAAGUUCACAUGGGGCGUCCUCUCAUCUUUUAGGAAAUCAUAGCAUGAGAUUUCCUCAUGGAUGAAUCUCAUGAAGAAUGUGUAUUUUUUUUUCCUCUUUUCAAUUAUUUCAAUUACAAAGAAGCAUUUUGUUGUUUCCAUUACCAUAAUGCAAAAAAAGAACAAUUUUGUUACUGUAGACAACAUUAACACUUUCAUGUCAUGAUACAGUUAAGCAACAUCACACGAGCAAGAGUGCCGUUUUCCCAAAUAUCAGCACGAUUGCAAAUAUGACACUGAUUUUUAAAACAAAACAAAUAAUUAUAUAUCAAAUCAGUUACAUUGUAGUCAGUUUUUUUUAUCCAAACAAAUGCACAGCAGAACCUUCGAGAGUCUCUGAGCAUUGUUGAUCUGUUGAGUGAACGAUUCAAUGACUCACUUGUGUUCUGAUUCUUUAAUGAAUCAAUUGUUUGAACGAAUCUUUGAAUCAAUGACUCAUCCAGACAGUCACUUACUGCCACCUACUGGUAGGUUUGUUACAUAUUUAAAAGUAUCAUUGCAUUUUUACCCAAUGUUUUAUGUUUCAUAUAUUAAAAACAUACACAUACACGUUUAAAACAAUCUCAUAACAUUGUUUUGUGGUGUAAAUUUAUUUGUCAUCUCACAGUUUCAUUAAACAGUCCGUGCAUCUCCAUGCUGCUUCAGAUGAUAAAAAAAUAAGAAAGCACUGACAGAACACUGAUGAGAGAGUAUUACUUCAGAAUAAACUACAUUUACACCACAAAAACUAUAAUAAUAAUAAUUGGACAAGCCAAUAACUGAUUUAUGUGUCUGAGGGACAAGCACAUGACGAGGUUUAAUGUCUGUAUUUUAUUGUAUAUAUGAUUUUCAUUACUGCAUUAUUACAGUAAUGCAAAUGAAGUUCUCACUAUUCUUUAACUCUCAUUAGAAAGUCACAAGUACAACUCAAGUUACUGAAGUUGGAAAUGUUUUAUAGUUUUAUUUCGUGGAUUACAGUAAUGUGAAAUUUAGGGGAGAUAUAAUGCUUAACUGUCAUCACAAUCCCAAAACUCUGAAUGGUCUAAAUGUCUUCAUUUUCUUUAUGCAAUAUGCAUUUCUUGAUUUUGUGGUAAAGCUUGACCUGGAUGUUUCUUCAUGAGAUUCAGCCACUGUGUGUCAAGAAGUUUCUUCAUGUAAAUGCCGUUCCUUUGCUUCACUGAAAACAGUGUCAGUUCUCACCAUAUCUCUUCUACGAUCAAAUGAGUGUCAAACGGCAUCUUUUAUAGAUUUAAAGUCCAUAAAUAACUAAACUUUUAUAUGUUUUUAUGUAAAGAGAAAAAAAAGAGAAAAAACAUUCCUUGGCUGUUUACUUUUAUUGAAACAAGUGCCAUUUUUAAAAGCUUUUGUUGUGUAGAUCUGAAGUAGUCAGCUAUGCCUGUCGUCUUUCAAACGUCGCUGUAUGAAAUGAUGUGCAUCUGUGUGUGUGUGUGUGUUUCAGUGUUGACUCAGGUCUGUUCUGAAGCAAUCAUGUCAUUAGCCAUCUGCGAUCAGACAGAAGGAGCCAUACAUCUUCAGUGUUCACAUAUAGCAAGCCGUCUUUCUUCCUUUUGCUUUUGAUGUAACAAUAAUCAUUCUCUAGUUUAUUAAAAUAUUUUGAAAAA